UGAUAUUAGGUAUAAGAAUCAUGUAUUGUACUUGGAUACUCGUGAUCCUAUGCGUUGGAAUAUCAAAUGGACAGCGAAAUAUCGAACAAAGUUGGCAGGAUCAGGAGAUGCAUCUCUAUUGCACUAAGCGAGACCAGCAUUCCGCCAGAUCCAGUUACAGAAUUAAACAUGGAAAAGCCGGACCUGCAGGGCCUCCUGGUGUCGUGAAUUACAAAAUCGUAAAUGAAACUAUAAAAGAACAUUUCAAUGAUAUUUCCGGACAGAUACAAGCAAAGCUGACUCAAAUUGGCCCGAUUGUUGAGAAAUCUAGCGAAGACAUAGAGGAUUUGAAAGCAGUAAUGCAGCAAAUCCGCGAGCAGCUUGGGAGUCUUAGAACAUUAACUAUACACCAAAUUGUAGACAUCAGCACUUGGUAUAAAGCACGUAACAACUAUUACUACAAACUAUUUGACGACCUGGCCACUUACGCAGGGGCGAAGGCGAAUUGCACGAUACUCGGAGGCCAACUGGCAUCGGCGGGAAUUCGAGAUGAAGAUAUUCGCAGGUGA